UCGAGAUGCCAACCACAGCUCUGCUGCCCUUCGCCGUGCCCGGCACCAGCCGCAAGUCGGUGAGCAGCACCAGCGGCUCCUCGGUGGUCAUGAACCGACCCGCCUUCCGACUGACCGAGAAGUUCCUGCUGCUGCUGGUGUUCAGCGGGUUCAUCACCCUGUGCUUCGGGGCGAUCUUCUUCCUGCCCGACUCCUCCAAGCUGCUGAGCGGCGUCUUCUUCCACUCGCACCGGCCCCGCCAGCCCCCGACCUCCCAGCACGGCCAGGGCACGGCGGCGCCCCGGGGGCGGCAGGGCGGCCACAAGUUGAGUCGGAUCCGGCAGGACCACGAGAAGGCUCUGCGGGAAGCCAAGGACACGCUGCACAAGCUGCCCGAGGACAUCCAGCGGGACAUCGACCGGGAGAAGGAAAAAGUUCUGCGGGGCUCCCUGAGCAAACCGGGGGCCACUCCGCGGCUGCCGAGCAUUGCCUUCCGCAAACCCGUGGGCGCCGCGGGGCGCGAGCCGUCCGACCCGCAGACACGGGAGAGGCGCGGGAAGAUUAAGGAGAUGAUGAAAUACGCCUGGGAAAACUACAAACGUUAUGCGUGGGGAUCAAAUGAACUGAAGCCCAUAUCCAAAGUGCGGCAUUCUAGUAAUUUGUUUGGUAAUAUUCAAGGAGCAACCAUAGUAGAUGCCUUAGACACAUUGUACAUUAUGGAAAUGCACGAUGAAUUUAAAGAAGGAACGGAAUGGUUUAAGAAGAAUUUUGAAUUCAAUGUGAAUACAGAGAUUUCAGUUUUUGAAGUGAAUAUCCGAUUUGUUGGAGGCCUCCUAUCUGCUUACUACCUCUCGGGCGAAGAGGUAUUCAGGGUUAAAGCAGUGGAACUAGGGGAGAAGCUGCUGCCUGCAUUUAACACACCUACUGGAAUCCCUUGGGCUCUACUGAACAUAAAAAGUGGACUUGGUCGGAACUGGCCUUGGGCAUCAGGAGGUAGCAGUAUCUUGGCUGAAUUUGGUACCUUGCAUCUUGAGUUUAUGCAUUUAAGUCGUCUCUCUGGAAAUCCAGUAUUUGCGGAAAAGAUGCAGAGCAUUCGGAAAGUUUUGAAUCGUCUGGAUAAACCUCAAGGAUUGUACCCAAACUACUUGAACCCUAACAGUGGUCAAUGGGGUCAACAUCACGUAUCCAUUGGAGGACUUGGAGACAGUUUUUAUGAAUAUUUGCUCAAGGCAUGGUUGAUGUCAGACAAGACUGAUGAAGAAGCCAAGAAAAUGUAUUAUGAUGCAGUUCAGGCUAUAGAGACCCACUUGAUCAGAAAGUCCAAUGGAGGCCUUAAAUACAUUGCAGAGUGGAAAGGUGGAUUGCUUGAACAUAAGAUGGGACAUCUCACCUGUUUUACUGGAGGAAUGUUCGCUCUUGGUGCAGACAGCGCACCGAAUGAAAACACCGGUCACCAUAUGGAACUGGCAGCUGAAAUUGCACGGACAUGUCAUGAGUCUUACGACCGCACAGCAACAAAACUAGGUCCUGAGGCCUUCAGGUUUGAUGGAGGCGUUGAAGCUAUUGCAACAAGACAGAACGAGAAAUAUUACAUUUUACGACCUGAAGUCAUUGAGACGUACAUGUACUUGUGGAGGUUUACCCAUGACCCCAAAUACAGGGAGUGGGGUUGGGAAGCUGUUCAGGCAUUGGAAAAGUUCUGCAAAGUAGAUGCCGGGUUUUCUGGGAUUAAAGAUGUUUAUGCCACCCAACCAGUUUAUGAUGACGUGCAACAGAGCUUUUUCCUGGCAGAGACGCUAAAGUAUCUUUAUGUGCUCUUCUCUGAAGACGAUCUGCUUCCCAUGGACCAAUGGAUCUUCAACACUGAAGCCCACCCAUUCCCAGUCAUCCCCAAAGACGACAAGCCUAUUCAGAAGCAAGCAGAGUAAAGAAGGGCAGAUGUUUUGGGGACUUCUGAACGAUAUUGAUCUAAAUAUUCACCCUUUUAAUUAAAAAUGUGUGCGCUAUAAAAUAACAAAAAAAGAAAUUUUAAUAUGCAACAUGCAUGCUGCCAUUCAAUUAGUAUGAGACUGCAGAAGAUGGACCGCAACAGAGUUUACCUCCUCUGUGAGGAGAUGUCUGCUUUUGAUCUGCAAUUUUUGCCAUGUUGCAAAAAAAAAAGCCAUAACUAAUUGAAUACCCAGCGAUAUUCACCUGGAAAAUAUCUUUGUGCUUUUCUUUGUCGCUGAGCCACAUAUUAAGAAAAAAAUGGUGACGGGCUUUAUUUUGGGGUUAAUUUUUACAAUGGUGGUAAAUUGAGAGCUUAAUACCUUAAAUGGUUUCAUAUUUCGAUUUCUUAUUUCCAUACUUAAUACCCAUUUGAAAAUAUCAAAUGCACGAAAAAGCAUCAGUAUUUUAUUUUGAGUAAAUAUUUUUGUCCUGAGGUCUGAAGAUGCAAGAAGUGAAAAAUAUAGUAUAAGAUGACUCUGGUAUAUAGCUGGAAUUCCAAAUUAAUCGGAUUGAAUAAUAUUGAUUAAGCAUGAAAGACAAAUAUUGCACUUGAAGAAGGAAGUUUGUAUCACAAUUCAAUCUUCUCAAACAAGUCAGGUAUUCAAAUGUGAAUUGAUUUCAAUUCUUCUGUAUUUUUAUGAUUUAUUUUUACACUUGAUAUCUUUUUGUGUGAUUCUUCUGCCGAUUAGAACAUUCCCUUUAUAUAAAAUACAUGGGUCUCUACUGUUGUAAAUUGUUCAGUUGUGUCUACUUCAAAAAUAAGAUGCUAUUUUUAUGUACAUUUUCUAAAGUGAUGAAUAUAAAAAUGUAUGGGAAAAGAGGCAUAAACUAAAGGAUUGGUAUUUUAACUAAUGUGUAAUUCUGAACCAUUCUUGGAAGGAUCUUUAAUUGUUUUCUGUUCUUACAUUUAAUAUUCCAGUAAGAUUUCAAUAAAGACACAAUAGCUGGUU